AUGCAGUGUGACGAAAUCAAAAGUAUCCUUUUAAAUCGGCAAACAGGCAUCAAAUUAGGCUCGGCAGUCGUAUUAACUGGAUUAAUAUCAUACCUAAAGUUCCGACCUAUUGCCAUAUUGGUAUCAUCAAUUUAUGUCACCUGGAUCUAUCGUACAUUUUACUCUAGUUACCAUAUUCAAAUUCCCAAAGAACUUACAUUAAAAUGUAAAACUAUUUAUGAAAACUUUAAAGAAUUACGUGAGAAGAGACCAAAUGUGUUUUGUGGAUUCAUAACAUCUAUUUUGUUUUUACUCGCUGUCAUUGGACAAGUUUGCAAUGGAACCUACAUAUUGUUAGCUUGUCUUAUCGCGGGCGUAUUUUUAACUUCAAAAUACGAAAUCAAAAUAAUCAAGGAGAAUGAUGCAUCUAUCGAAUCAACACCCAGCAGCGGAGUUGACGUUGAUGAAUUUUGUCCACAAAUGGAUGAGGCAAAUUUCAUGAUUCUUAAGCAAAUUGGUGAUCAUGCUGACGAUUCAUCGAUAUUUUCUGUACCAACUUUAAAUAAUAGUAAUAACAAUAAUAAUAAUGAAGAAAUCGAAAGUGAUAGCGACAAUGAAUUAUUGCCAAAAAAUGCAAUAAUUCCUGAACCGGAUGAAAUUGAUUUAAUUGAGAGUGAAGAUUUACUAAUUGAUCCAAACUUGGUGCUGACUCAAAGUGCAGAAUAUAAGAGAAAGCAUUUUUCAAAUACAUCGUCAGAAAGCAGUGAUAGUGAUGAUAGCAUCACGCGUGGAUUAGAUUUUAAGAAUAUUCCAGUUACCGCAACAAUUGAACCACACACAUCACCCUCAUCAUCAGCGCAUAGUUUGCUCUUAAACAUUCAACAAACCAUCGCCCGAAAUCUCAUAGAGAAUAUAACAAGCUUAAAUAUACCGAAAUCUAGUCAAACAAAAGUGUACGAAGACGAUGAUAGUGAUUUUGAGAUAUUGGAUUCUGAAGAUAUCCCUAAAUAA